AAUUCGUCUGCUCUUUCUUCUCGCUGUAUUCAUGUACUCUAAAAAUUCAUAGCUUGAGUUAACAAUUACUGACAGCCCUGUCUUUCCAUGUCUAGAGACACCAGAUGUAUGGCGUUUACAAUUACAGAUGAAUAUUUGAAAUAGUGGCGACAGUGGCGUGGACAGUCCGGUGUCUUUCCAGUUUUCCCAUGAUGCUCUUUGUACUAACAGUUGCCAGGUGGCUAUCACUAUCACAACUUGUUUUUAAACCUUUCCAACAUUGCUAUAUUAUGGAGUUGUUCACAGAUGUAGCACUGUUGUCAAAAUCACCUCCCUCAGACACAGCAUUGACAGAAGCUGAAGAAGCUAAUGAAAAAACUUGUAGUAUCACAGACUGUAAACAACUUGAGAACAAAAUAGUGGCAUUGUUUUUUAGUGCCAGCUGGUGUCCAGCCUGUCAAGAGUUUACUCCCUUGUUAACACAGAUGUAUGAUGAACUCAUUAGAAGAAAUGCUCCAUUUGAGAUAGUAGCUGUUCCUUUUGACCGAACAAAAGAAUCUUGUGACAGAUUUUUUGUACAGGAAAGUGGAGAUUGGUUAACCGUUCAGUUUGAUGACUCCAUAAUAGGGACUCUCAAAGAAAAAUACUGUGUUAAUGUUAUACCAAAACUUAUUGUGCUUCGUCCAAGUGGAGAAGUCAUCACACCCACAGGAAGAAAAGAUGUGCAAGACAAAGGAAUUAUUGCUUUUCGAAGCUGGUUGAAGUCAACAAACUUGUCCAAUUCUUUAAGUUUUUUGUAAAGAAAUAAACUCAGUGGUGACAUAAUCCAGUUUAGAGGGGUUCAUUUUAAACAUAUUUUGUUUGAUUCUUUAUGCAGCAUGGUAUAAGUUUUUUAACUGCCACAGCAGCCUUUUUUUUUUUUUGGUUUUAUUUUUUCUUUCAAGAGAGAAGGGUUACAAGGGGAAGUCUCUGCACAUAAUAGGGAGGCAUACAGUCAGCUCACAAUCAGAUGAGAGGAAUUAAUGAUUGAUUAUAGCUUGACACUAAGUCAGCAACAUACCGAAGUGAGAAACACGAGAGAUAGAAUAGAAAAAAAAGUAAGAAUUUUUCAGACAACUGUGAUGUCUGUUGUUACUGAAAUCAGCCGGAGCUCUUUGCCUUCGGUCAGGUAACUGACAAACCUUCUGAAUCAAUGUCAGAGAGAUGAAUCUGUAAGAGCUGGAUUUGAAGACAGGACGUUGUUCAUGUUGUUGGUUGAAGACUACAGAAGGCCUGGUGGAAUUCAUUGCUAUAAUACACUGGAUGGAUACAAUACAUGAACAAUGGAUAGAGUUUGCGAGGAAUAUACUUUGGACGUCACAUUUGACUUGAUUGAAGUCAGUCUUAUGGGUGGAUAAAACUGUGUAUAGCCCAAGGAAGCGAUGGUUCCAUGGCAGGUAUAUCUACAUUUACCUGAUUAUUUUGAUAAGGAAAUGAAUCCAGGCUAGAUUUAGGUGAACACAAAUGAUUUGUCGAAGACUGUUCUUCGCAGGGAGCCCAAGAUUUAUCCCGCUUUAACAGAGAUCAAGGUGUCAAACCUUUUUGACCAGUGGUUGGUCUCUAAUAGGUAAACCAGAUGUUUCAAACUUUUUUUUCAAUAUUUAAGUAUCUCAAGGAAAGAUGAAGACAACCCAUUUCACCAAUCGUAGUUCAACGAAGGGGUGAACAGGUCAUGUGUCUUAGAAAAGUGCAUUCAAAUGUAAUAUUAAAUACCAGUUUUCCUGGUCAUCCUGCUUUUGCCCUGGAUGCAUUUAUUUGAUUCCUGUUUACAACCAAACUUUUCACUUGCAGGUCAUAUGACUUAUAGGAUACAUCAAAAGGAACGAUAAAAUAAAGAAUUUGUUGCUAUGCCAAAUGAAUAAAAAUAUGCCUUGAAUUUUGUUUUAAAAAAAAAGCUCAUUUUGGGGGUAUUUCAUACCUAUGAAUUACCCCUCUAUAUUAUGCAUAUUUUCUGUCAAUGGUUGGAAUUUUUCAGAAAUUAUGUCAUGGUUGAUCUUGCUCGGAACUGCGUGAACACCCCUGAAAUGCCCUGAACUCACUGAACCGUGUCGCUAC